AUGUCAACAGUAGAGACAGUCACAAAGAAGCAACGCGUUGACCAAAACCUUAAUCUAGACAAGGUUCACGAUGACAGGCUACCCGUCACGCUGCUCUCUGGUUUCUUGGGAAGUGGAAAGACAACAUUGCUUAAACACAUCCUCACUUCCAAAGACCAUGGGCUCCGUUGCGCUGUCAUCCUCAACGAUAUGGCCAGUCUGAAUAUCGAUGGAAUGCACGUCGAGAAUCACAAGCUCACUAAGGCUGGUGAAAAGAUGGUACAGAUGCAGAACGGAUGCAUUUGCUGCACACUCCGCGAAGAUCUCGUAGAGCAGGUUGCACUACUUACUGAAGAGAAGAACUACGACUAUCUCGUGAUUGAGUCGACUGGUAUCUCCGAACCAAUGCAGGUAGCAGAAGCGUUUAGCUUCGAGUUUCUUGAGGAGUCUGUAAAGAUUGAGGAAUCUCUCGCUGAGUCGUCAACCAAAGACAAAGAAACUCAGUCUAAGAUGGCCAAGUUGCUGGCAGAAGGGGGCAUCAUCUCUAAAGCACGUUUAGACAGUCUUAUUACGCUAGUAGACGCCGCAAACUUCAUGAAUGACUUCAAUACAGUUGACUUUGUUUCCGACAGGCCUCAAGAGAUGGGAGAAGGUGGAGAAGUGGAUGAGAGCGACGAGAGAAACAUAACCGAUUUACUUGUCGAUCAGCUCGAAUUCUCAACACAUAUUGUUGUGAAUAAGGUCGAACUUGUGUCUCAAGAUCACUUGAACCAGAUCAAAGCACUAAUCAAAUCCCUGAAUCCUAAGGCUGAGAUUUCUGAAUGCUCAUACUCAAAAGUUGAUUUGAAGAAGGUGCUGAAUACCAACAAGUUUGAUUAUGAGACAUGUGUCACGUCGGCUGGUUGGUUGCAAUCGCUGCGCGAGAUGCUGCCUAUAGAGGUGAAACAAGCUGAUGGAAAGACCAAGUUGGCUCCAAAACCUGAGACUGAGGAAUAUGGUAUCAGCCACUUUGUCUACAGAAGGCGCAGACCAUUCCACCCACUGAGAUUGUGGCAGCUCAUCAGCAAAUACUGGGUAAUUAUACAAGAUGCUAUGGAAGAAGACCAGGAGGGGAAGGAUGAGGGGGGAGAAGAAGAUGAAGAUCAAGAUAAAAGUGAAGCAGACGACGAAGACAAUGAAGAAAGCGAUGAUGAUUAUGAAGAAGAAGUAAACACAGACAUUCAACCACAAUUAGAUCCAGCAGCAAGACUUCGAGACAAGCAAUCGUCAAUAUUUGCCGGAUUAUUCCGUUCAAAGGGCUUCAUUUGGCUUCCAGCUAGAGAGCAGAUGGGUGAGCUGAGUCAAGCAGGUGUCAUGCUGACUAUUGGCGGUGGCAAUCCGUGGUAUGUGUCGACCCCAGUAGAGGAUUGGGACGUUGAUGGCUUAGCACUGACAGCAAUAAAAGCCGACUUCGAAGGCCAACACGGCGACAAAAGGCAAGAGCUAGUAAUGAUUGGAAGGAAAGAAAAUUUUAGAGCAAUAGAGGAGGCAUUCGACGAGUGUUUGCUGAAUGACGAAGAAAUGAAGGAAUACAAUGAAAUCAUGAAGAUGGAAUACCAAGACGAUAAGUGGGUCAAGCUUCAAGAGAUGUUCGAGGACGGCUUUGAAGACUGGAACUUCCCCGGAGAUGAGGAGGAAGACGAGGCUGGAGAAGACGGAUAUGCACAUAGCCAUGGAAAUGGACACAAGCACAAUCAUAAGCACUGA